GAAAGUCGCGACCGGGAUACCAACGAAGAAGAAACUGCCCGCGAAGGUAAACGAAAUGUACAAUGUUGCCAACUCGGAACGAGAUCAAUGCUCCGUGGAGACAUUUUCGACCACAAAACUAGAAAGAACCAAUUGCCUAAUGCUGCUUUGUGGAAGACGACCAUUGACAGCGUACAACAUAAACAACGAAACGGACUUGGCUGGCUGGGCUGUUGGCUGUUUGAAUGACAAGGAAGUCAGUCCACCUCUGGUACGGUUUUCCUGAUGUCUGCUCCCGGGCCACAUGAUUGAAUCCGCCGCCGCCGCCGUGGCUUUGAUGGCAGAGAGGGUUGGCGACUGCGGGCCGUCCUCGUCUGCUCUUCAGAGGCGGCCCCGGGUCAGAAGGUGGCCGUCCAAGAAGAGAAACAGGCCCGUCACAAACGUCUCCCGGUGCUCCACGGCGGGACGCUUUUCAGGAAAGCAGGGCCUUUUCCGCUGAGGCGUCCGAUGGACGAUGAGGAGGAGGACACGCUUCGGGGAACGCGCUUCAGGGACCUCAAGUACGACCAGCGGGCCGCGCCAAUGGAAUCUCGCCACAGGCCUGUCUCCCUCGCCCUACCGCUCGCGCCGGGCGUCCACGACAACAACAACGGCAUCGGCGCGCUGGCGUGCGGCUUGCACCGCGGAGCCUUUCACGGCAACGCCGCCUUGCGCUGGCGCUCCCCCGUGGAACUGGAGGACCGGGGAGCGAGGCCGGCCGCCGCCGCCACGGAACGCGAGCGGCGGAGGCGGCGGCGGCGGCCAGAGGAGGAUGACCGGAUGGCAGAGAGGCCCGGCCAGCGGGAGGCGGCACUGAGCGUGGAGAGGCAGAUCGGACAGAAACUCCGGGAGAUCGGAGACAAGUUCCAACAGGAUCACAUUGACGUGCUCCUGCGGCAGCAGAGGCAAAACCUACCCGCCUGGAUGCGGCUCACCAUGGCCGUCUUUGGCUUCCUCUUCUUCCCCAGGCCGCCGGCAGCGGCGCCGCCGCCGCCGCCGCCGCCGCCGCGCCUGGUGCCCUGAGAGCGCAGAUGAAGAGCCCCCCCCCCCGGGCCCGGCCGCCGCGCCACAUCUUUCUUCCCCCGCCCCCCCCCACUGUCAAGGCAGCGGACUUGUUAGAGAUGGCACUGCAAGAUGGAACACGGGUUUCUGAUUUUUGCUUUUUUUGUUUUGAUGAAGAAGCGAUUGGGAAGAAAAAAAACUCUGGUCACCGCUGGACGGAGGCUGAUCCCCUCCCUCCCCUCCUAUUUGCCCCUUUUUCUUGUUCAAGAAGAAGCCAUUGAGUUUGAAGAGAUAUUUUGGAAAUAUGACUCGUCAGAUGACCUAUUUUGUACAGCUCUUGAUUUUGUUCUCGGACGUGAACUGGGAUGGUCGGCCCGGGCCGGGAAUGCCUUACGAUUGUCCCCCGCCGCCGCCGCCGCCGCAUCGAGGGGAAAGAAAACUUGUUGGUUUUUUUUCUUUCUAUUCCCCCCCCGCCCCCCCUGGCAUCCAAGCACUCGGCUUCCCCUUGUUGCCGGCUCAUUUGAUGAUGUCUCGCCAUCCGAGCGUCAUCCUACUUGAAGUUACCCGACGACGGCGGACAUUUUGCGAAUGUGCAGUCAGGGAAUCACGUCAACAAUCAGGACCGGCGGGAAGCUUUCGCCUCCCAAACCUCUCGGGACAAUCUUUGGAGUGAGGCCACGAGCAAUAUUCUCUCGAAGCGCAACGCACCGAUGGCUGAUGUGGAAAACGGCAGUACCGAGCCCGACCUGCGGGCGGCGCUCUGCUUAAUCUUCCGGAAACGUCUGACAAUCAGGCAAAAUGAUGGCAUCGGUAGACGUGGAGCCCGCUUUGACCCCACCACUCUUUUUUUUUUUGGAGCCAAUUUGCCGACACUGAUGAUUUGCGUUGAUUGUUAUCAUACUUGACUGUCUGAUGCUUUUUUUUUUUCUUCCGAUAUUUUCUUUUCUGAGACCUCCGCGUUUGGUUCUCAGAGAUCCUCGCCGUUUGUUUCCUGCAAACACCGAACGCUGAGCCAAUUUGUUCUCGACGCCGUCUUUCCCGUUAGCCUGGCUUAACGCGAUGUCGGCUUUCUCUCCUCGACCUCCCGGGAUUCAUUUCGUUUAUUUAUUUCCUUAUUUAUUUACCGUGCACAUUUGCUAGCGUACAGGCGCUAGUUUGGCGCCGUUGACGCGUAUCGAGUUUGGCCAGGAGGGACGCGAGCGGCCAUUUUGAAAAAUUCCUCACAGGGCUGUAUGAAUUGACGACACGACGAACCUUUCGACUUUAUCCUCAUGACGUGAAAAACUUGAAGUGUCAUUUUUCUUAUGGCAAUAUGACCUCAUUUUUCGACUAUUUUGUCAUUCUUCCACAAUUGCAACCUGUAAUGAUCUUGUUUUGCUAAUAAUAAUUUGAAAAAAAACAAUCUCUCGAUCGCGUCGCAAAAUGGCCGCCCCCGAACGAAAGCCAUGUGCCUGGCGCGCGCCGAGCGAGGGCAACUCAACGGACAAUCCAAAUGUUACGAAAACGUGCCUUGCGUGCGUGCGGGCUCGCCCCACCCAACCAACGCACGAGGCGCGGCGCCACUUUUUUUUUCCCCCCCCGCCACACUUUUGGACUCUUUGCUGUCAACACGCACUGUACAAACAAACAAACUGUUGUUGUAAUGUUUUUUCUUUUUUUUUUUUUCUACUGCCGUGCUGAACUUCCUACUCUGAUUUUGUAAGACGCUGGACGGGGAGGAAUGAGUCACCACCGGUGCCCAGUAUUAUCUAUCUAUCUAUCUAUCUAUCACAUAGUCUUUCUUUCAAUGGAGCCUGGGGUGUCCGUCCUCUUUUUAUAUUCCGACAGCAUCCAAACUGCUGUCGAGUGCUGAUUAUUAUUUCCCCCCCCCCCCCCCCCCUCCUUUUAUACAAGUUGGAUACGAAUUUGACACCAUUUCUAUUGAGGCUUUUUCAAUUUUUCUAACCUGAAUAGAACCAACCGAGCCACUCUGAUGCUGUUUUUUUUUUGUUUUUUUUUCUACGAUGGCUUUUUUGUUUUUUUUAAAUAUAUGAAAACAUUUUGGCUAAGUCUACCGCGUCACUCUCAGUUCAAGGGCUUUUUUCAAUCGAUGUAAAUGGAGAAAACAAACAAAAAAAAUGCAUGUGCGACAUUCCUGAUUAUAAGAAGAAAGAAAAAAGAAUCUGUAUCAUAAAAGGUUUUUUGAAUGUAAUUUAGCGAAGGCCAUGUGAUCUCUGUCCAUACAUGAACUGAACAGUGGAGCCUCUUUUUUUUUUUUUUUUUUUUUUUCUGGCUUGUUUGUGUGCAAGUGUAUUCUUUUUUGAAUUUUUGGAAAAAAAACCUGGGGUGGGAGGGAGGCUGUUCCAAAAUGGUCUCAAUGAUUUCACACUGUCGGACAUUUUGCAAGGCCCGGUCCAGAUGUAGCAGUUUGUUGUUUGCUUGGCGCGUCGUCGGCCGGCGCGUUGUCUUUGGGACAAAGCGGGCGAGGUGGCUUGGCUCUUUGUUUUCUAGUGCAAUAUGCUGUACAUAAGAGCUCAUCCUUUCUUCUCUUGUUCCGUGGGUACUUUUUGCUGUUUUCUUUUGUCCCUUUUUUUUUUUUUUUUCAUUAAAACUUUAUGGACAACUCAAA